CCGAUGUCCACAUGAAGGACAUGAGUAUAAAAGUGUAUGCUAUUGUCCCUUGGCUUCAGUCACGCGUUGGAUGGCUCCGAUUCAGCUUAAAAUGGCUGAUGGAGUGAUAGAUUCGGAGCAUUCUGGAUGGUGACAGCACGGGGACGAGUUCAACAUAGCAUCUACUGAAGUGGUUUAAUUCCGAGUGCAUUUGUCAUGGGACUCUUCGUUCGCGAAAUGAGUGUCUGAUUGGCGAUAUUUAUAUCGAAGCUUCAGGAUUAUUCACCAUUGCAGUGCAAAUAUGAUUGUGUUGAACUCUUUCCACGUCAAAGCUAGGGCCGCCCUCACAACGGCGUUUUCAUCGAUGACGGUGGAACCGCUGAUGUUGCUGGAUGGUUUAGCUUUCUCCAACAUGCACGUCUACAUCGAGAACCUUCAGAUGGAUCGGGUGUGUCGAGUGAACGCAGGAUAUUCGGAGGAGGUGUGCCACGCACUCAAGAAGUACCCCGAGGCCAGCGUUGAAGUGCAGCGGAAAUACAGUGUCUUUGCAUUGUACAAUGGCAUCAUCGCUGCAGCUUUGCCUCUCUUCUUCAUCCUGUUUAUGGGCGCUUGGAGUGACAAAUAUGGCAGGAAAGUUCCUCUCGUGGCUGUUCAAAUUGGUCAUCUCCUGCACGCUGGGGGCUAUCUGCUCGCUUCUCUGGAAUCGACGUGGCCGGCCGAAUUCUUCCUUCUGGUAACACUUCUUGAUACUUUAGGAGGAGGCGCCGUGUCAUUUCUCACUGUAGCCAAUUCGUAUAUAAGUGACGUGUCAUCAAAAGAGUCACGGACAUCAAGAGUUGGGUUGGUGAACGGCAUCUGGUUUCUCGGCGGCCCCGCAGGAACCAUACUGGGAACAUACAUCUACAGCAAAGGCGGUUACCAUCCUCUCUUCGCUACCUCACUCAUCUUCUCUCUGAUGGCCGUCAUCUAUAUCAUCGCCUUCCUUCCAGAGAGUCACGGGCCUUUCCUCUCGAAGGCUCGAGUUGGAGUCCCCCCCCAUCAGAAAGCUGUGCUGGCGGAAAGAAAGAGCGCAACCGCCGCCGUCUAUCGUUUCGAAUCCAAGGUGACUGAAGAUGCCAACCUUUCUCUGAGAGUUAUGAUCAAGGACUUCUUUAACCCUCAGCGCAUCAUCGACAGCUUCAAGUCAACCUUGAGGAAACGAGAGGGAAACACUCGAGCGCUCAUUCUGCUGCUGAUCCUCACGAGUCUCCUGAGGAGGCUCGCUAGAUCCCCCUAUGUUUUUGCGUUUACCCGCCACGAGUUAGGCUGGACAGCAUCGGAUUACAGCAUAUGGGUCACUUAUAAGAAUCUUGUGGCUACCACAGGAUCCCUCGUUGCUGUGCCUCUUCUCAGUGGUCGUUUUAAGGUGUCUGACAACAUUUUGGCGACGAUCGGCGCCUUGUCUGGUGUUAUUGAGUAUAUUGUCUACGGAUGUGUAUCGGAAACUCAGAUAAACCUUAUUUGGAUUGCUCCAGUCGCUGCGUUGCUUCUGAACGCGUGCGCCAUCGCCCAGAAGUCCAUGAUGACAAAGAUCAUCAACAAAGAUGAAAUUGGAAAAGUAUCUGCAGUUUUUGGGGCCCUGGAGGGCAUGAUGCCUAUGGUAAAUUCAGCUUUUUACACGGCCGUUUACCACUCCACCGUCAGCUCGUUUCCCGCCGCCCACUUUUUCGUUGGAGCGGCCAUCAGCACCCUCAUGAUGGCCUUGUUCGCGAUUAUUGCCAUCGACCGAAGGCGCCCCAGAGAGCUGGAAGAGGGAAAUAACCUUCUAGAAACCGUUAGCCCAAUUCCAGUAGAGAAGACGCUUUCAGUUGAAGCUGCUCCCAGUCAAUCUGGAGUGACUGAUGUAUCCGUCACGAUAGCGCACGAUGUAAGAAGAUCUGGACUCCAGCAAGAAAUUCCAGCUAUCGAUAAAGCUGACACGGAUGAUUGGGAGAGUACAAAAAAUGCAGGACUGGCAGCGAUACCUUGGCCAAAGAGAAUCUUUCAAAGUGUCAAGAUCUUCCUGGGAAUGUUUCAGAAGAGAAAUUCUCGUGAGGCUGCUUGGGUCUAGAUAAACUCACUGUUCACGGAGCAAUGCAAUGCACACGGAAUCCAGAUGGAAAAUUUGUUGCCAGGAGAGAAGAACUCAUUCUGUCAAAAUAGCCAGUUGCUAUGAAUUAUUAUAGAUCGGAUACUGAACUCAGGAGAAAAUUAAUCUUACACCCUUAAAACGGACGGUAAAGUCGUCGAACUAAGUUGUACCAAAGAAAUAUCCGUUCCUGUGAUAUAUAUGUGUCGAUAUAUUUAUUAUGAUUAUUAAUUUAUUAGAGCAGUGGAUUCACUGCAUGUUGUGAGUUCACUUUCAUGAGUUAUUGUUAGUGAACGUUUUCUAAAUGUUUUACCUUUUAUCUUCGCAGUAUUAUCAUACAAUAAAAAAACUAAUCAUUCCAA